AUGAGGCAGUUUUGCUCUUUUCUGCUCCCCCUUGCCUGCUAUGGCGUCACGGGAGCCGCAGCUCAAGCAGCCGCCGCUGGCACCAAACCCCCCGGCUUCGCCCCCGGAGCCAAGUGGCAGAUCGACAUCAUGAACACGCUGGACGUCACGAAGCCGCUCGUCCCCGCCGACGCCGUGGUGUGGGACCUCGACCUAUUCCACCUGCAGAGACACCCGGAGAUCGUCGACUUUCUCCGCAAACAAAUCCCCGACGUCAGCGUCAUCUGCUACUUCAACGCGGGGCUCGCGCAGCCCAGCGACUGCGACUGGGAGACGACGUGGCAGAGCGCGGCGUUCCGCGGCCUGCUGGGCAACAGCUACGACGCGCCGUUCGGCGAGGAGAAGUGGAUCAACAUCAAGAACCAGACGGCCGUCGACCUGAUCAAGCGCCGCGUGACGUUGGCGGCCGACUUGGGCUGCGACGGCGUCGACCCGGACAACAUUGACGGCUUCACCGGGGACGAGGGCGGCGGCAGCGGCACGGGCUGGUCCACCACCUCGGCCGACUACACCCGUUUUGUAACCGAGCUCGCGACCCUCGCGCACAGUCUGGCUACCAAACGCGGCUUCCCGCUGAUGAUCGGGCAGAAGAACGCGGCUAAGCUCGUCUCUAUCCUGGCGCCGCUGCUCGACUUCGCCGUGCUCGAGGACUGCAAGGACCUGCGGCAGGAGGCCGGCGGCGCGUUCUGCGCCGACUUCCAGCCCUACGUCGCCGCCGGCAAGCCCAUCUUCUCCAUCGAGUACCCGACGAGCCUGCGCGACAGCGCUGGCGCGUCGCAGUGCAAAGCCGCUGGCGCGGACGCGGCGCAGUUUGAGAAAUCUUGCGCGGUCGACGCGGCGGCCGGUGGGAGUUUGGGGAAUUUCGGGUUUAGCGAGGUGUUGAAGCUGCGCGAUAGUGCGAGUGACAAGUCUGGGGAGCUUAAUGGGUGUACGCAGUAUUGUGGAAAGCAGGGAGCGGGCGUCGUGGUGACGGCAACGAAUGGGGAGAUUGAUGGGGAUGCGUGUCCGGCGGUGACUGGGACGACGGGUGGUGGUGGCGUGGGGGUUGUCGCGCCAGUUGUUGCGGCGCCUGUGCCCACCAAGUCGGCUGUGGCUAGCGCGGGAGAUGAGGACGAGGGUGACCGCGGGUUUGGGAGAAGGGGAAGGAAGAAGAGGGGGGGAGUGAAGAGGAGAUAG